AUGUCUGUUGCUAUCGCAGGUGGAACUGGAGGUCUCGGGCGGGCCCUUGUUGAAGCCAUACAGGCUCGAGGCAGGUACCAAGUCAUCGUCCUAACAAGAAAGGUCUCAGGAAGCCCGGCUGGUCCGAGAGGCAUUCGAUUUGUGGCCGUCGAUUACGCCAACGUCAAUUCUCUUGUGGACGUUCUCCAAGAAAACAACGUUGAAAUUAUUAUGUCUGCCGUCAACAACAUCACGGGAGAGAACGACGCCGAGCUCAAUCUCAUUAGAGCAGCUGAGAGGUCCAGUACCACUAAACGCUUCAUUCCGAGUUAUUUUGGGGUGCCGUAUUUGCCCGAGCAAUAUGAGACAUUCCCUCCAGCAAUGGCCAAGAAGUCUGCGCUGGGAGCGCUAAAGUCAACAUCGCUCGAGUGGACGACUGUCUUCAAUGGAUACUUCCUCGACUACUUCGGGACCCCGAAGGUGAAGAGUUACAUGGACGAUGUAUCCUUUUUCGUGGACGUUGCGAACAAUGUGGCUGCAAUCCCCGGAUCUGGGGAGGUUCCCGUUGUCUUCACGCACAGCUUUGACGUUGCGCGUCUUGUUGCUGCAUUGCUCGAAAAGGACAAGUGGCCCGAGGAGACGUUUAUCAUUGGUGACAAAGUCACCUUCCACGAGAUGGUGCGUUUGGCCGAGAAAGUUAAAGGUACCAAGUUUACGGUGGCGCAUGAUUCAAUUGAGGACCUUCAGAUGUGCAAGCUGACGGAACUGCCAUCUCAUCGUUAA